GCGGACGACACACACUAUUAAGUCUUAACGCGAUCCGAUCGAGGUGUAUCAUCGUCAUCGUCGUCUUAUCUCGGGCAUCGGCAAAUAAAAAACUAUUGAAACGCCAUCGACGAGUGAGCCGAAAAAAAAGAUGAGUGGGUCCGGUAAAAGUUUACUUGGCUUGUGGCUUUAUCGUUCGGGCGAGGAGUGGUCUUUACGGGAAUCCACUCAAGCGGAAGCCGAAGCAAGGCCAGUGAUGGGGCCGAGGCAGGAAAAAAAAUUCGACUCCAGAAACUCCGUGAUAUUCUCAUUGAAAAAUCAAGUCGGCGGGUUGGCCAGAGCGCUUCAAGUUUUCCAAGAUUUGGGCGUAAAUGUUUUACACAUCGAGUCCAGACCUUCUCGUCGCAGACAAUCAGAGUUUGAAAUUUUGGUGGACGUGGAAUGUGAUAACAAGAGGAUGGAGCAACUCACGGGCAUGCUUAAGCGCGAAGUGGCAGCUAUCAAUUUGGCUACUUAUGAGAGCGGAGCCGAAGUUCCGCCGCCGACUCCCAUGUCAGCCACCGCUAGUUUCGAUUUUUCAGAGUUUGAAGUCCCGUGGUUCCCGAAAAAAAUUUCAGACUUAGAUCGAGCUCAACGAGUUCUCAUGUACGGAACUGAACUAGACGCUGAUCAUCCGGGAUUCAAGGAUCCGGUUUAUCGUAAGAGACGCGUGGAAUUCGCCAACAUUGCAAACACAUAUAAAUAUGGCCAUCCGAUUCCGAGAGUCCAAUACACGCCCGAAGAGAUCAAAACAUGGGGUACCGUGAUGCGUGAACUCCACAAGCUGUACGUGAAGCACGCUUGUCGGGAAUACUUGGAAAACUGGCCGGAUCUCGUCAAGUACUGUGGUUAUCGAGAAGACAACAUACCGCAGCUUCAAGACAUCAACACAUUUUUGAAACGAAAAACUGGAUUUCAGUUGAGACCGGUGGCCGGUUAUUUGUCGCCCAGGGACUUCUUGUCAGGCCUGGCCUUCCGAGUGUUUCAUUGCACGCAAUACAUUCGACACUCUUCGGAUCCGUUUUACACACCAGAACCGGAUUGCUGCCACGAGUUGCUGGGGCACAUGCCACUGUUGGCCAACCCGACGUUCGCCCAAUUUUCACAAGAGCUGGGACUUAACUCGUUGGGCGCCAGUGACGAAGACGUCGGAAAACUGGCUACGUUGUACUUUUUCACCGUGGAAUUCGGCAUGUGCAAGCAAGACGGUGAACUCAAAGUAUACGGUGCGGGGCUAUUGAGUUCGGUGGCGGAAUUACGUCAUGCUAUAGAGACCAAGGAGAAAAUCAAACGAUUCGAUCCGGAGGUCACUUGCCACGAAGAGUGCAUCAUCACUUCGUACCAGAACGCGUAUUACUUCAGCGAGACGUUCGAAGAAGCCAAAGAAAAAAUGAGGGAGUUUGCAGACAGUAUUCAAAAGCCGUUUGGCGUGCGCUACAACCCUUACACUCAGAGCGUAGAGAUUCUCAGCAACACGGACAAGAUAGCGGCAUUGGUGUCUGAGCUCAGAGGCGACCUAUGCAUAGUCAGCAAUGCCCUAAGAAAAAUACACGCCGAAGACGAGGCGGUAGAGAAUAUCACAAACAUGUUACACAAGGGUAUGAACGUGAGUGGAAUAUCGCCAGAGAAAUCUCCUGAAAAAUCUCCAGAUAAUUAAUCCGUCCGAGGGUGGUGCAGAUGACGUGAAUCGAACUAUUAUACCAUUAUUUUAUUCAUUAUGUUUUUCGACUUCAUUGCAUUACUUAGUAUUACUAUAAUGUCUUAAAUUAGAAAAAUUUUCGUAGAUAAAAGAAAAUAGAUUUUAUUGUAGCCGUUAUAAUAUUGUCGUAUCGAACGUUUUUCUCUGUUAAAAUAAA